GGAAUUCCCGGUGCCGUGCCUGCUGGUGGGGCUGGCAUGAGCUCUGUUGAUGCUGACGGUCUUGGAAAUGAUCAAACUAUGGAGCAGCUUUGGGCCAUGAAGGCAAUGGAACAUGCAGAGAUCCACUUCAAUCUUCUGUGCGCAGUUGACCCACGGUUGCUAAAACUCACCCCAAAGGACGACCUUAUUUACAACACCUUUAGAAAACAGUUUCCCGAUUUCAACAUUGAGAAGUUGGUGGAGAAGGAUCUUAAAGACAAGGAGGCAAAGGAGAAAUGGAGACCCUUUUGCAAGGAAUUUGAGCACGAGAUCGAGGACUACAGCUUUGCAACCCUCGUUCGCAUUGAUUCCCAGCAAGAUUACUCGGAGGAUAAUACCAUCCUUGUGACUCGCAUCCAGUUCUUCGCCAUCGAAAUCGGCCGCAACAGGGAGGGCUACAAUGACUCCAUCAGGACCAAGUACAAGCCCAAACCCCGUGCCAAGAAGGUUCAGAAAUAGCAGUGGGACGUUGGCCAUAGUUUUGUCAGUUCGUAACUUUAAAUUUUGCGCAGGAACCUCGGUUUUUUGGUUCAGCAAUAUAUUUCCUUAAUACCAUAAACUAUGUUAGUUUGCAUCCUUUUCUUGUUUGGAUCUUUUAAGUCUCAUCUAUGUGGUUGAUUACUGCUGUGUCAAGAGACGUUAUGUACAAUGUUAUCAUUAUCACCCUGGUGUAUCUGUGUAACAACUUGUGACAACAUCUGAAAGUAUAGGAGUGUAUUGGUGUAAACAACGCUUUUUAAAUGUUGUAAUAGUACCGGUAGUAAAAUAAUUAUAUUUUACUGAUGUGCAUGAAUGGUCUGAUUUGUAUUGUGAUUAACAAAAGAAAAUAACCAGUUGAGAUGUUCCCUCCAGUGUUGCUUCUUAAGAGGAAGUAUCUAAUGGUUUAUACAAUGAAGUAUGCUAUGAUGAUAUAUAUUUCGAGGUUCAUUGUUUGUUGACAACUUCAAUUUCAAUUUGAAGUUGUCAAUUUGAAGCAAUGUGUAUGUGUCAGCAUUAUUCCUGUUCAGAUAAUGACAACAAAUUAUUAUUAUUAUUGGUAUUGUUUUUAAAAAUUUAUUUACUAUAAUAAUUUUUUUUCAUUCAUUUUUUUUUUUUUUUCCUCCUUGCUUUGAAAAUAGUGAAACUUAGUUUUGAAGUGCUGCAUUAUAAUUAAUCCUGUGGUGACAGGGCCUAAUUUAUUUGUGAUGUAAUAUUAAGCAACAGCCUAGACUUUGUGGCUAACCCUAAGCUGUGUUCAGCCGGCCCACCCACUGCGAGUCAUGACAUGUAUAAACAUCAUAGGCUGCUUUGUCAUGACGGUUAUAGCUGUCACCAUCACCAAGGGGUCAAGAAAGUGGGUCCACUAUAUAAACAGGUGAGGUGCUUGGAGACCUAAGUUGUCUUUUGUUGAAAAUGUCCUGUAAAAAGAAAAAGAAAAAGAAAAAAAAAAUGUGUACAUCAUGGAUACACAACCAGUUUCAAAAAAAUGUGUCAUACUCUUUACUUCUCUGGGCACUUUGUAGUAUUUUUGAAUGGGGUUACAAUAUGACAGACACUCACAGAGGAUUGUACAGUGUAUUAAUAUUACUUGGAACUUUCAUGUGGAAGCUGAUAAUCAUAUGGAAUGACAAACCAUAUGUAAGAUGUUCAUCUUGAAUAACUUUAGAUUUUUUUUUUCUUAAUCCAAACUUGUGUUCAGUAAUUCAUAUGGAAUAUAUUGAUUUAAUUUGA